AUGGGUCGUCCUACGAGCAUCGAGCAGAAGCUGGACAUGGCUUUGGACGAGCUGGUCAAGACAGAGGAUCCGAAAUCCGGUCGGAAGUCGAGCAGCUACGGUCCAGCCGGGAAGAAGUCCGGAGGGGACCGGGACCGCGACGGGCCGUACGCAGCUGGCCGAGGUGACGGCAAGGGCAAAGGAAAGGGUCGACAGCGGCUUCCCCCUGAGGAGAAGGCUCUGCUGAAGACCCAAUGCUUCUUCAAUGCUGAGAAGGAGCUGGUCAUCAAGCUCUAUGAAACAGAGGUGCUCAUUGUGAAGAAUCGGAAGGAGACGCCACCCGUCGCCGACAGCGACAAGACAGAAAAGUCGCCAGCUCCUGCCGGUGGAAGUCUGGUCUUAACGCUCAACUCUGGCGGUUUUCGCACUGCCGAGACGAAGGCGAUCCUGAACGAGGCUUUACGACCUCUGGCGCUGCGCGUGGAGGGCAGUGAGUCCAGCUGGUCCCUCUGCUCAGACUACAGGAUGCCGGGCCAGGUCACAGAUGGAUCCAAGUCCCAGCAGCCCUUCGAGGACGGUAUGGAGAUCACCGUCCCGGCGGUAGUGACGCCCGAGGCGGUGCGGGAGCACAUGGCUGGCAAGCGGCAGGCGGCGAAAUCCGCUGUCGAUGCCCAGCGAGCUAGGGCUCGGUGCUUCGAAGCUAACCUGCUGUCCUACUUGGCUCAGGUAGUGCAGAGGGGUAGACGGAAGAUCGUUGGCAGUCUACCUGACAGCAAGGGGGAACAUCCCAAUCCCAUCCCCUUGAAGGGCUAA